CCUGGUGUGUGCCUUGCCUAGUUUCACUUGAUACUCUUCAGGAAUUAUGUAGAAAAGAAAAGCUCACAUGUAAAUCGAUUGGAAUCACCAAAAGGAAUCUAAACAAUUAUGAGGUGGAGUACUUGUGUGACUACAAGGUAGUAAAGGGUGUGGAAUAUUAUCUUGUAAAGUGGAAAGGAUGGCCAGAGUCUACAAAUACUUGGGAGCCCUUGAGGAACCUCAGGUGUCCACAACUGUUGCAGCAGUUCUCCAAUGACAAGAGUACUUACUUAUCUCUGGUAAAGAAAGGCAAGGCAGUCACUCCAAAAAACAGUAGCAAAUCCUUGCCAUCAGCUGUCUCUGAGUAUAUUGUAAGGAAAGCCAAGCAAAGAAUAGCUCUGCAGAGAUGGCAAGAUUACCUCAACAAAAAAAAGAACCACAAAGGGAUGAUAUUUGUUGAAAAUACGGUUGACUUGGAGGGCCCGCCUUUAGACUUCUACUACAUUAAUGAGUACAGGCCAGCUCCAGGAAUCAUCUUAAACAAUGAAGCUACCUUUGGAUGUUCGUGUACAGACUGCUUCUUUGAAAAGUGUUGCCCUAUUGAAGCUGGAGUUGUUUUGGCUUAUAAUAAGAACCAACAAAUUAAAGUCAAACCUGGCACUCCCAUCUAUGAAUGCAAUUCAAGGUGCCAAUGUGGACCUGAUUGUCCCAAUAGGAUUGUACAAAAAGGCACACAGUAUUCCCUGUGCAUCUUUAGAACUAGCAAUGGUUGUGGCUGGGGUGUAAAAACCCUUGUGAAGAUUAAAAAAAUGAGUUUUGUCAUGGAAUACGUUGGAGAGGUAAUCACAAGUGAAGAAGCUGAAAGGCGUGGACAAUUAUAUGACAACCAAGGAAUCACAUAUCUUUUUGAUCUGGACUAUGAAUCUGAUGAAUUCACAGUGGAUGCAGCUCGAUAUGGAAAUGUGUCUCACUUUGUGAAUCAUAGUUGUGACCCAAAUCUUCAGGUCUUUAAUGUUUUCAUCGAUAACCUUGAUACUCGGCUUCCCAGGAUAGCACUGUUUUCCACAAGAACCAUAAAAGCUGGAGAAGAGCUGACUUUCGAUUAUCAAAUGAAAGGUUCUGGAGAAUUAUCUUCAGAUUCUAUUGACCAUAGCCCUGCCAAAAAAAGGGUCAGAACUGAAUGUAAAUGUGGGGCUGAGACUUGCCGAGGUUACCUCAACUGAAACUUAAAGAAAUGGAGCCUCAUGAUUGUUUUGUUUUGUUCUAAGAACUGAAAAAGUAUUUGGGAUGCCUUUCUAUCAUCAAGAUUAUAUGUAUAUGUUAAUGUACAACUUGUGUCUCAACCAAAGUACAUUACUAUUGCUUCUGAAGAGGACUGCAGGGCCACAUAAAUAGAAUGUAUUUGGUGGUUACAUACUAAAUAUGGAAAGUGAACUGUUUCCAAAUCACCAUACACUUAGUUAAGAAAUCUGAAUAGACAAGUGUCCCCUUUAGUGUUUGAAAAGCAAUGAGGCAAUGGCUGUUACUAUGACAAGCAGAUAAUUCAAUUUAGGUAAAUGUACAGAUUUUAUUUUUUUUUACUCUAUUGUUCCUACUUAAUACUCACUGAUCUUGUAUUUGAGACAAAUAGGCGGCACUGAAUAUUUUUACUAUAUUUUCUACUUUUGCAUUAAAACAUUGGCAUCUUAAUGAUAUAUUUCAGGUAUAAAAGUAAAUGUGAAAGCUUCUUUCAGCUUGAUCUCAUUUUGAAGUAAUAGAUACCAUUACAAAGACUGUAUGUAUGAACCUGAAAUUCUUAAGAGUUUUUAACCCUGUUAAAGGAAAAUCUCUGAUCACCUUCUCUAGAAGUCCAUAGUGGCUGGCCAUUAUGCUUCUUUGAUAGGACAUAACAAUAUGACUAAGAGGACCAUUGGAGUGCCAGGCAAGGUAGGUGAGUAUGAAGAGAGCCACAGCAUGAACAGCCUCAGAGUGCACACUGAGUAGCUCUCCUCUAAACAGAAGGGCAAGACCCCUGGAGAGCACCUGCCCUAAAUGGCAGUGCCAUGAACAUCAUGUAACUGUCACUGCCAGGCAGUUUUAACAGUUCUUUUCCACUAAGUUGAAUUAUUUUUGCAUUUUCUGCAUGUCCUUGAAAAGUAAUCUAUAUUUUGAACAGAUACUUGUUUUAUACAAGAAUUUUUUAGAAAAUUUGGCCAAAGUUACAUCUGAUUGAACUUUUAUUAACCUGUGGGGAUUAGAUAGGAUUUCUCCCUGUGUAGUAAAACCAAAUAAAGAAAAAACUUACUUUCAUCUCUCUGGGUCUAGGAGUUCUAAUCAUAGUGUACGUACAGUGUGAAAAGAAAAAAUGCAGCAAAUCCUUUCUUUGUGUCCUGAUUAAGACUUUCCUAAGCUCUCUGCUCUGGGCUGUAAUAGACUAUCAUAAGCUCGAGUAAAAUGAACUAAAUUCAGCACUCCCUUUAUCUUCCGAACUCAACCUGUUACUUGCCUUCACAAGGCUGCUUGUUCACAAUACGUAGGAGACACUGUUUGCAUGUUUGGGGCCUCAUUGUAUGUCUGCUACCCAGAAUUUUCAGAAUGUGUCAAGAAAAUAUAUUUUUUAAUCACA